GCGGGAGACAGAGUGCGCAGUCACGAUUCGGUGUCACCAAUCGUCUCUUUGCUGUGUUACGUUCUCAAGACUAAACGAGAACGUGGAGGAAAGAAAUAUCGUUGAGUAUCUAGUUAGAUAUCAAAAAUGAACGACGACGGAAAUAUUCAGAAAGUUGAGGAACGUACUACUCUCUUAGCCUCCGCCGAAGCUUCCACCACCAGCCAAGUGACCUCCAAACGUCGACUCCUACUACUAGCCAUCAUAUGCUUCGUCCGUUUGGCCAUGGGGAUGUCUUAUAGUCUACCAACGGCAUUUUACGCGCACGAGACGUAUCGUUGGAAGCCACGUGACGAAGGCAGUCUCUAUAACGGCAUAUUGACUGGAUGCGCGUCUCCGUUUCUCGUCGUCGGUGGCAUUUUCACCGGGCAGGUUGCCAUUCAUCAUAGAAGCAGCAAGUUUAUCGUCUGUUGGGCGCUGUUUAUGCUGUCUGGGUCAACGCUUAUGUUUGGAUUUGUGAGUCGCAUGACGGAGUUUGUUGAAUUCUUUACGUUUUCUCUGCUGCUUAGGAUGACGACUGGCUUUGCUAUGGGAACUCUGGACUUGGCAUCGUUUGCUAUUGGCAUUUCUACGUUUCCUAGUCGCACUGGUUUGGUGGCCGGGUUUCUUGAGUUGACGUGGGGGGCUGGCAUGGCCAUUGGCGCUCCGUUUGGAGGAUUGCUGCGAGACUAUGGAGGGUUUAGCUUACCUUUCUUUGCGCUUGCCGCUAUUCAAGCUAUCGAGUUUAUAACAGCAGCAAUGUUCGUUCGUUCAGUGGAUAAUGAUAACUUGAACGAGAAUACAGCGACAGGCAACAGCGCGAAUUACCCCAAUUCAGUACUGAAUAUUUUGAAUUUUUGGGUUGUUCUGACAGCGAUUAGUGGGUAUCUAACACUUCUUUUUCUUGGUUUUCCCCAAGGUGCUCUCGCGCCGUUUGCAGAGUCGCAUCUCGGAUUGAAACCGGGCGGAAUUGGUUUAGUACUUCUGGUCUCGUCAGGUUGUUACGUCAUCAUCUCGCCGAUUACAGGAAAAGUGACCGAAUGGAUUGAAGCUCGUUGGUUGGUCGUCGUCGGUCUCGUGACCGGUACCGGAGGAUUCCUGCUUAUGGGAUACGGAGACAAACUGGCAAUACAAAUUGCAGCUCAAGCGUUGCUAGGAACCGGAUCAGGAAUAGCUCUACCAGCAAGCUACGUCGUGUAUCUUGAACAAACAAAGCAAAUGGGAUAUGACAUAUGUGAGGAAACGAAUAGUGCUGUUUAUGUGGUUGCUCUGGUUGCUCAGGCGUCUGGUGAGGCGACAGGAUCAGCCGGUGGUGGCCCACUGGCCGCUCUAUUCGGAUUCUUGGAUGUUUGUAUUGCCUUUGCCGUUUUGACUGGUAGUUUCUCGUUUGUGUACUUUAUAGCGACUAUUGUGGACAACAUACGCAAGAGACGAUCGAUAUCGAGUGUAAAGAAAUAGAUAUCACAGGGUACUACCGUACCCUGUAUGUAGGCGUGGUCGUCUUUUUGUAUGCCUAGAAAAAAUAGUAAAUGAAAACUAAAACUUUUCAAAAUC